AUGGCGACGGACGGAUCCAGAGGUGUGGCUGCAUCUCCAAUCUCCACGGUGAAAUCUACUGCGCACUCAUGGAACUUGAUAAAAUGCUGCAGCGGACAGGAGUGGAUGGGAAGAAUCGAAGACUGCGAGACGCCCGUUUCUGCCAAGUUGAUAGACGCCUGUCCGCUGCAGCAUUUUAUCAAGUUCCAUGAGUGCGCAGUAGAUUUCACCGUGGAGAUUGGAGAUGCAGCCACACCUCUGGAUCCGUCCGUCGCCAUUGCUCAACCUGCAACUCACCAACGGCUCCUCAGCAACGGCUCUCCUCGGUCAACUCCUGGUACGCUGUCCUCUUCCUCGUUUAUCCAAUCUCGUGCCUUCUGCUUUAAUUGCUCUGCCAUUUCUUGUUGUUGUAGUUGCGUAGCUUGCAAACUUUUCCAACCUCGAGCCACUCCCUCUCUGUCGCAUCACCCGGUUCAGGCACGUGAAGUUAGUCUUUCAAGCUCAUGUGUCCAACCGCACCCGGCUCUUCCUGCGGAGGAGGUGGACACAUCCUCCGUGGCUCAUCUUCCUCCACGCAAACCCUGCCCGACCAUUCCCCUUUUUGUGAACUCAUCCCAUUCCUUGCAGUCUUGUCCUAAUGUCUUUUCGGCCCCCCCACCCCCCGCCUUGGGUCUCGGCACUCUUCCCAAGCCAGCUCCUAUCCUUAACUCCAUUAGCAAUUGGGAAUCCAAACUUGUUGUCAACCUCUCUCCCGCCCACAUUGAUCCUCUCGCUUUUAACUUCCUCAAGCGAGGUCUUAACUUUGCCUUGACUCCCCGCAACGUUCCGCACAUCGACUUCCUCAUCGAGAUCGAAAAUGCGGUGCGUACCCUUCCCCUUGAUGUUGCUGAAGAGGUUAGACAAGAUUGUGCUGUAGCGCUCCGUUAUGCUAAACCUCCUAAAUUCAACAUCCCUAAAGCUGAGCUGUUGGCCUUUAAUAAUCUAAUGCAUAAUAAUGACCUUAUCAUCUCAAGAGCUGACAAAGGCAAUGCCACGGUCAUUAUGAGCAAACCAGAUUACUUGGCCAAAAUGGAAAUCCUCCUCUCGGAUUCCAGUAGUUACAAAAUUUUGUCUCGUAACCCGUGCCCGAAGAUUUUGAAGGCAGUUAGAUCUGCUAUUUCCAACUCCUCAUUGGAUGAUUCUACCAAGCUUCGUCUUCUUCCGUCUAAGGAAGUGACCCCUCGUAUAUAUGGGGUCCCAAAAAUUCAUAAAGCCAACAUUCCUUUGAGACCCAUUGUCGAUACCAUUGGGUCUCCAACUUACAAGUUAGCUGCUUUUCUUGCCAAAUUAAUCUCCCCGCUUGUUGGUAACUCCAACUCCUUCAUCAAAGAUUCCAACCAAUUUGUUCAGUUUAUCAAGGACACCAAGUUGGACCCUCAAGACACGCUUGUGAGCUUCGAUGUGGUGUCCCUCUUCACCAAGGUCCCUAUUCUAGACUCCAUAGAAAUUGUCAAGCUUAAGGUCAAUGAGGACAUCGCCUCUUUGGUGGAACUUUGCUUAAGGUCAACCUUCUUCGCCUUCCAAGGCGUUAUCUAUGAACAGGUUGACGGAGUAGCCAUGGGCUCCCCUCUCUCGCCGGUCAUUGCCAACAUAUUCAUGGAACAUUUUGAAGAGGUGGCCUUACAUUCUUUCCCCCUCAAACCAAAAUGGUGGAAGCGAUAUAUGGAUGACACCAAUGUAUGUUGGCCCCACGGCUUGGACAUGUUAGAGGAAUUUCAUACUCACCUCAACAACAUUUUUUCGUCUAUUACCUUCACCAAAGAACUUGAAUCCAACAACCGUUUAUCUUUUCUCGAUGUCUUAAUCUGUAAAAAGCCUGACGGAUCCCUUGGUCGUCAGGUGUAUCGCAAAACUACCCACACUGACUUAUAUCUUCAUUCGUCUUCUCAUCACCACCAUAGCCAGAAAGUUGGGAUCCUCAAAACAUUGGCUUUAAGAGCCCAUCGGAUUUGUGAUAAGGAUAACUUAGACCAAGAGCUCUCCCAUCUUCGUCAAGUCUUCCUUUGGAAUGGCUACUCGAACAAGCAGAUCACUAGGGCCUUCCUCCAAGCCAAAUCUCAUUUCCUUUCCAUCUCGAAUCCCGUGCCCUCUCCAUCUCAGGCCCCGUUUGUCUCUCUCCCUUAUGUUGAAGAGUCAGGUGUAUACAAGAUUGUAUGCUCCUGUGGAACUCCUUACAUUGGAGAAACAGGUCGUUCGUUCAUGACUCGAAUAAAAGAGCACAGUGCCGACAUUAAGCAUGAACGUGCCCUCAAAUCAGCCUUAGCCGAGCAUUCAACCACGACCAAACAUCAUAUCUGUUUGGAGGACACUCAGGUAUUGUGUAGGGAGAACAACUUUUUCAAGAGGAAAGUUAAAGAGGCCAUUGCUAUCAUUCGGCACCCAUCCAAUCUUAAUCGAGAUGAUGGGUUAAACCUUAGCAUCUCGUGGCACCCUCUUCUUCUGGCCCUCCAGCGUCAUCCCCGCCCCCCUCCUUGA